GAGGAAUAAGAUUUACAAUCAAUGGCCACUCUUACUUCAACCUGGUCUUGGUUAGCAAUGUUGGCGGUGCAGGGGACGUCCAUUCAGUGUCGAUCAAGGGGUCCAAAACAGGUUGGCAACCCUUGUCAAGGAAUUGGGGUCAAAACUGGCAGAGCAACUCCAUGCUCAAUGGCCAAUCUCUCUCAUUUCAAGUCACUACUGGCGAUGGAAUGACCAUUACUAGUUACAAUGCAGUGCCAGCUAAUUGGCAAUUUGGCCAAACAUUUGAGGGGGGUCAAUUCUAAGUUUUCACAACG